AUGAAUCAAGUAUUAUCAAGUAUUGGUUAUUAUUUAAUUGAUUUAUUGAUUUAUUUAUUAUCUAUCAUGUCCUCUGAUAUCCUUGACGUGCUCAACAUCCAACAGAGAGAGGCUCAGGCGCCAAAGAAGAAACAGAAACUAAACGAACCAAAAUCAAAACAACUAUAUAACCUGUUGGGUCAAAAUACACCUCCUGUCGCGGUAAGAGGUCAACAAAAAUUUAAAGAUAGACUCAACACCUUGGCUAAACCUUCAUCAUGGAGUUGGACAAGUUUUACAAAUGGUUCAAGAAAUGAUGAUUUAAAAUUACAUCAUUGGGUUAAAGGUUCAAAAGAAAUUGUUGAAGCAACUGAAGUUCCAUAUAAAUUUGAAAAAUAUAAUAACACUUUAAAUAUACCUAAUUUCACGGAAGAUGAUUAUAAUGAAUUUAUUCAAGAUGAUCCAAUUGAAGGUGAAGAAGAACAAGGUGAACAAGAUAAAGAUAAAGAUGAUGAUGAAAUUAUUCCAGAUGCUGAUUCAUCAGAGCAACAAAAGGAAUCAAAUGAAAAUGACAAACAAGAAGAAAAUAAUAAAUCACCAGUUAAAGAGGAAACUACAGAUGAUAAUAAAAUUGAUGAUGAGAAAAAACCAAUUGAAAAACAAGAUAAACCUAAACCUAUACAACGCUGGGAUUAUAAAGAAACUCGCUAUUUAUUUGAUCUAAGUAUUGCUUUUGAUUUGAAAUGGGUUGUAAUUCAUGAUCGUUAUAAUUUCAUUCCAAAUAGAAAUCGUUCAAUUGAAGAUUUACAAGAAAGAUUUUAUAACGUUUGUCAACAAAUAUUAAUUCAUGAAAAUGAAAAAGAAGAAAAUCCAUCAAAUUCUCAAAAUUCAAAUUUAAUAAGUAAUUUAAAUUUUAAUAAAAAAAAGGAAAUUGAAAGAAAAAAUUAUUUAAAUAGAUUAUUAGAAAGAAGUCCUGCUGAAAUUGCCGAAGAAGAAUCAUUAUUAAUAGAAGCAAGAAAAUUUGAAGUUGCAGCUAAAAAGACAAUUACUGAAAGAGCUUCAUUACUUCAAUUAUUAGAUUCUCCACAAGCAACAGGUUCCGUUGGUCAAUAUUUAAGUUCUCAAGGUCUUACUCAAUUAUAUAAUACUUUAAUGACUGAAAAGAGAAAACGUCGUAUUGAUUCACCUGCACCAGAAAAUCCUUUAACUGCAUUAAAUGAAAAAAUUAAACAACAAAAUAUUCAAAGACAAAAACAAAUUCAACAAGAAAAAUUAGAAGCUCAAAAAAAGAAAAAGGAAAAUCCAAUUUCUCAUUUAUUUCAAAAACAUUUAACUCCAAAAGAAGAAGAAGAAUUUGGUUUGAAAAUUCAUACUGAAAAAAUUUCUCCUGGUGUUGCAUUAAGAUCAACUAAAAUUACUACAUAUAAACCUGGUGUUCAAACUAAAAUUACUUCAAUUUUAAAUGAAAUGGACUUGGGUAAAAAACCUGCUCUUUUAACUUCAAAAGUUGUGGCUAAACAAGAAGAAUUAUAUAAAAAAAUUAAUACUUUAUUAGAAUUGAAAAGACAAGUUGAUAAAUUAGAAGCUGAAUCUAAAAUUAUUGGUAAAUAA